AUGUCCGGCUACCCCUACGGUGGCGCCGGAGGAGGAGGAGGCGGCGGCUACGGGGCCCCUCCGCCCUACGGCUCCUCCCCCGCCCCCUCGGCCCCGCCCUACGGCGAUAAGCCCCCCAAGGAAGGCAAGGCCUCCUCCCCCUACUACGCCUCCCCGCCCUCCUCCCAGCCCCAGUCCUACGGCGGCGGCGGCUACGGGGCCCCGCCCGCCGGCCAGCCCCAGUCCUACGGCGGCGGCGGAGGCUACGGUGCUCCGCCCGCGGGCCAGUCCUACGGCGCCCCGCCUCCCUCGUCGGCGCCCUACGGGGCCCCGCCCCCCGCGGCAGCGCCGUAUGGGGCCGCUGGCGGGUACGGGAGCCCGUUCGCGGCGCUCGUGCCGUCGGCGUUCCCGCCGGGGACGGACCCCAACGUCGUGGCGUGCUUCCAGGCCGCCGACCGCGACGGCAGCGGGACCAUCGACGACAAGGAGCUGCAGUCCGCGCUCUCCGGCUACAACCAGAGCUUCAGCCUCCGCACCGUCCACCUUCUCAUGUACCUCUUCACCAACACCAACGUCCGCAGGAUCGGGCCCAAGGAGUUUACUUCUGUUUUUUACAGUCUUCAGAACUGGAGGUCUAUAUUUGAGAGGUUUGACCGUGACCGAAGUGGUAAAAUUGAUGCAUCGGAGCUGCGCGAUGCUCUUCUCAGUCUGGGUUAUUCAGUUUCUCCAACUGUGCUAGACUUGCUCGUGUCUAAAUUCGACAAGACUGGAGGCAUGAGCAAAGCAGUUGAAUAUGACAACUUUAUUGAGUGUUGCCUUACGGUCAAGGGUCUGACUGAGAAGUUCAAGGAGAAGGACACGUCUUACUCCGGGUCUGCAACUUUCAGUUACGAGGCAUUCAUGUUGACUGUGCUCCCUUUCAUCAUCGCUUGA